CGGUAAUGCAACAAAUUGGAUACCUUCAUUGAAGAAGAAGAACGUAAUUUUGUAACAGGUUCGGGAUUCAACACCAAGGUAUCAGGAUGCUGUCCCUGUCCCGGUUGGCUUUGGUCUGUGCUGCGGCUCGGGGCCCAAUUGCUGUCUGUCAAGGCAGAGUGACGUCCAUCACACGAUUUAACAGCACAACUGUUGAGGCACCACCAAAGAAGACAACAUUUGGACCCCUGGCUGACCAGGAUAGAAUUUUCACAAACCUGUAUGGCCGACAUGACUGGAGGCUAAAGGGAGCUCAAAGUCGUGGUGACUGGUACAAGACCAAGGAGAUCCUGCUGAAGGGAGUGGACUGGAUCCUCAACGAGAUCAAAGUUUCAGGGCUGCGGGGGAGAGGUGGAGCAGGGUUCCCCACCGGCAUGAAGUGGGGCUUCAUGAACAAGCCCAGUGAUGGCAGACCAAAGUACCUGGUGGUGAAUGCUGAUGAAGGAGAGCCUGGCACCUGUAAGGACAGGGAGAUCAUGCGUAACGACCCCCACAAGCUGGUGGAGGGCUGCCUGGUGGCCGGGAGGGCCAUGGGAGCCCGCGCUGCCUACAUUUAUAUCAGGGGAGAGUUCUACAAUGAGUCCUCCAACCUGCAGGUGGCCAUCAACGAGGCCUAUGCAGCUGGUCUGAUUGGGAAGAACUCCUGCGGCUCUGGCUACGACUUUGACGUGUUUGUGAUGCGUGGGGCUGGUGCCUACAUCUGUGGAGAGGAGACGGCACUCAUCGAGUCCCUUGAGGGCAAGCAGGGGAAGCCCCGCCUGAAGCCCCCAUUCCCUGCUGACGUUGGUGUGUUUGGUUGCCCAACAACUGUCGCCAACGUUGAAACGGUAGCCGUGGCGCCCACUAUUUGUCGCCGUGGUGGCACGUGGUUCCUAGGCUUUGGCAGAGAGAGGAAUUCAGGCACAAAGCUCUUCAACAUCUCAGGUCAUGUCAACACCCCCUGCACUGUGGAGGAGGAGAUGUCUAUUCCUCUCAAGGACCUCAUCGAGAGACACGCAGGUGGUGUGCGCGGUGGCUGGGACAAUCUGUUGUGUGUGAUCCCUGGAGGCUCUUCCACACCCCUCAUCCCCCGUUCAGUGUGUGACUCCGUGCUGAUGGACUUUGACGGCCUGGUCCAGGCUCAGACUGGCCUUGGCACUGCCGCUCUCAUCGUCAUGGACAAAUCUACUGAUGUCAUCAGAGCCAUCGCCCGCUUGAUUGAGUUCUACAAACAUGAGAGCUGUGGCCAGUGCACCCCCUGCAGGGAGGGAGUGGACUGGAUGAACACGAUGAUGUGGCGCUUUGUGAAGGGUGAUGCGCGGGCGGCUGAGAUCGACAUGAUCUGGGAAAUCAGCAAGCAAAUUGAGGGGCACACCAUCUGUGCCCUGGGUGAUGGAGCCGCGUGGCCCGUACAGGGAUUAAUCAGACACUUCAGGCCUAUCAUGGAGACCCGAAUUGCAGAGUUCCAGCAGAAGGACCAAGCCAGAACUUAAAUCACUCCUUCUUUCCCUUCCUCUACCCUUCAUUCACAAGUUAUUUAAAUAAGAAUGCAUUGCCUCAUUCAUUGUGAAUAAUUGCCUUCCCGUUUUUGCCUUUGUCUGAAGUCGCCAAUAAAGCUGUAUGUAACUAAAAUAGUUAAACAAUUUAACAGUUGUGCUGUAUAUGUAUUGUUCAUUUAAGACUUACAAAAUUCAA